AUGUGGGUAUUAUCGAUUCCGCUUCAUGGAAACGAAGAUGUUGUUGUUAGACACCUGCUUCGACCUGGCAAGACCUACAAGAUUGGCAGGGCUGAGGGGAACGACUUUCUGCUUUCCAAGCAAUCAAUAUCAAAACUUCAUCUAGAGAUUCGUGUUGGAGGCUUUAACUCGUCUAGUGUGAGUAAUCGUCUAUGUUUUUGCAAAGCCAGUCAUGCAUGUACUAACGGAGUUUCUAUAGGAAGAAGCCCAGGUGGAAGACGUGGGCUUUUUGACCCCGGUGACCAUAGUCACUUCCAGCAAGGCUACAACGGAGCUGAACCGUUUUGCUUUUAA